AUGGACGGCCGGCGGGUGUCGCCGAGGGACGUGCCCAUGACGCACCGAGAGCUGCUGGCCACGCGCGUGCUGUCCGUGGACGCGUACUGGCAGGAGCUGCGCGAGUCGAGGAGCCGCCAGCCGCGGGAGAUCCCCGUGCCGCUCUGGCCGGGCGAGAGUCUGGCGCAGUACGAGCGCGAGUUCGGCCGCUGGCUGGCGUCGCGCCGACUGUCGCUGGCGUCCAUGCGCGAGGACCCCGUGGCCGAGCGCAACUGCCGCAUGCAGUUCGCGCAGACGCGGGUGGCGAGGCCAGGCGAGUCAAGGCAGCCACAACAGCAACAGCAGCAACUACAACAGCGGGGGCCCCGUGCUCCCUCGCGCUCUCGAGAGCUGCUCGCCAGACGCGUGAUCUCAGUGGAUGCAUUCCGAGACGAGAUGUACAAGCUUCGACACGGAUUCAUCCGCGAAGACGAUCUCAAGCGUCCGCAUGAGACGAUGUCGAUGGCGCAGUACACCCAAAAGUUCGAGCGGUGGCUCGAAAUGCGCAACGUGUCGCUGGCAUCGCUGCGUGAUAAUCCGGCACGAGAGCGAUCGUUGUGGCACUCGUUUGCGUACACGCGGGCGGGGACGUCGGAUGUCAAGGUCAAGGUCACCGUCUCGAAUCAUUCGAAGGAGCUCGGAGAGGAGUCGACCGCCAAUGACAGCUUCGUAUACUGA